UACUGUUGAACUUCUCACACUUGGAAUCAGCGGUGUUUUCAGUCAUGUCGGGUGGAAACAUCAAAGACUUCGAUGAAAUUACGUCUUUUCUGGGAGACUACGGCUUCUUUCAGUACCUCAUCAUGGUUGUGCUCAGUUUAAGCACAAUCACAUGCGGGUACACGGGAACGAUCGUGGUUUUCGUUUCGGAUACGCCCGAGCACCACUGCAGAGUGUCGGGCAACUCCACGAUCGGACCUGACAGCUGCUCCCGGUACAAAGUGCGCGGAAACUGGACGGAGACAGCGGGACCCAGCAACGACACAGAGCCAUGUCUGGAUGGGUGGGUCUUUAGCAGGGAGAGAUACACCGCCACUAUAGUGUCUGAGUGGGAUCUGGUGUGUGACAGUGCGUGGAAGGUCCCUUUUUCUACCUCCUUAUUCUUUGUAGGAGUCCUGAUUGGAUCCUUUAUUUCUGGUCACCUGUCAGACCGGUUUGGCAGAAAGCCGGUGUUUUUUGCCACCAUGGCCUUACAAACAGUCACUCCCCUGAUCCAGGCCAGCGCCGUCAGUUGGGUCAUGUUCUGUGUCCUCAACUGUCUGAGAGGAGUCGGCCAGAUAUCCAAUUACGUCACGUCACUCGUACUGGGCUCCGAGAUCCUUCACUCGAGGGCCAGGAUGAGCUUCUCACUGCUGGGCCACAGUUUGGGUUUUGGCUUUGGAUACGCCUUGCUGCCGCUCUUAGCCUUCUUCAUACGAGGAUGGAGGAUGCUGCUGGUCGCUUCUGCCAUCCCCGGCUUCCUGUUUAUUCCAGCAUGGUGGGUGAUCCCUGAGUCUCCCCGCUGGCUUUUACAGAAAGGUCGGUUGGAGGAGGCCGAGAUGGUCAUUCGCACUGCCGCCAAAAGGAACAGAGUCCCCGCUCCUGAGAUCAUAUUCAGGACGGAUGAGUGCAUGGAGCUAACGAAAACCAAAGAUGAAGAGAAGCACACAUACUCCUUUCUGGACCUGAUACGCACUCCUAACAUGAGGAAUAUAACAAUUCUGAGUGUUAUUAUAUGGAUGUCCACCUCCAUGGUCUUCUACGGUCUCUCUCUCAAUACGAGUAACUUAAAUGGAAAUGCCUACCUCAACUGCUUCAUUUCAGCAGCCAUUGACAUACUGACGUAUAUAGCCACCUGGGUGCUGGUAAACCGUGUGUCACGACCCACACUCCUCUUCUCCAUGCUGAUGUUCUGUGGCAUCAUGCUUCUAGUUAUAAUGGUGCUUCCUGAAGACAUGCAAAUCAUGCUCCAGGUGUUAGCUUUGGUGGGAAAGAUUGGAGUAUCUGCUGCUUACUGCUUCAUCUAUGUGUUUUUCACUGAGCUGAUCCCCACUGUUGUCAGGAACAUGGGCUUAGGGGUCGCCUCCACAGCUGCACGCAUAGGCAGCAUCAUUUGUCCCUAUGUCAUCUACAUAGGCGAGUACAGCAAGAUCCUGCCGUACAUCGUUUUUGGCGCAGUCAGCAUCAUGGCUGCCACUGUUAGCAUGUUGCUGCCAGACACCAGAAACAGCAAACUUCCUGAUCUUACCAGCCAGGCCAGACCUGUCAGAGGCUGCUGUUGUUCAAAGGAAACUGCUGAAGCCCAGUCAGAUGCAACUGUGAAGGCUUAAACAAAUGAGCAGAGCGCCCUCUGCUGGAAGAAAAUCACACAGCAAACAUUGAGUGAUCACAGACAAAAGACUGGAAAACAAAUGGGAAGUAUUUGUUUUGUGAUGUGUUGGACAGACAUUAAUGUUGUUUAUGAGACAGAUCCUCUGAGCCUCUCAGGUUCAUUUUCAUACAUGGUGCAGAAUACUCAAUAUCAGUUGCAUCAUUGUGAAAAGAUUUUUAACAGUGUUUAUAUGUCAAGAGGCAGUUAGGCUACAUUUUCCUCAAACCACUAUAGUUUCUUGAUAAAUAAAAAAAACAGGCCUCAGGGUUCAGGUAGCCUACGUAGGGGUGGUGGAUGCCAAUGGGAGCCUAAGAUGGGUCCCUGUUGGGCCGCCCAACAGCAAAUACUGCAAAGAUAACAUAAUUAAUAUUUAGAAAAUGAACAUGAUCCUAUAUGUAAUGGUAUUUUCGGUCAUCUCAUAAUUCCAUUUCCAUAUCAUUACAACCAAGGGUAAAGGUUUUGUCUCAACAUCUGGGGGACACCAGGCCCCAAGGAAUGCCACUCUUCCUUGCUUUCAAUUUUUCUCAGUGGCCACUCAUGCUAUUGUCGAUAAAAAAAAUCCCCUGCAGCCCAAAAUCCAUUUUCCCUUAGACCACCACUGUAAAAGAGACAUCUGUAAAUCUGUUGACAGGAUGCCUUGGACUGCGAACAAAGUCAAUUACGAUUUUCAACCCAUGGAGGUUUUAUAUUUUUAAAACUUUCCUUGAGCCGAGUAAAGCGAUUUAAAUCUCAGUGACGUCAUCACAAAGUAAAGUCUAUGAGCUAAGCAUAAGUAAACCCGGAAGCUAGAAUCUUUUUUGGUGUAUGAACCAAGUAAGCAAUGCCGUUGGAAUGAAAAGGCACCAUCUUGGCACCCCUUUACACAAAACUGUUGUGGCACCUAGCAUACCAACACAACACCACUUUAUCCCAUUAAAACAAUACUCAGAACUUGUAUUAAUUUCUAUGAAAAAGCAUCUUGAUUCUUUUGAUCUGAGGACCCUUAUGGACUAAAAGAAUAUGAAUAACUGACAGGGUAAUCAAGGAAUGGGCACAUAAUUUGAGGUAGCCAACAACCUGGUUUUAUACAUCCGAGAACUUCUAUUAACAAAUGAAAUGCUUGGAAACCGGACCAGGUGUCUAAUUGAGACAGGCGUUUAUUUGUCAAAAUGUGUAGCCACACCGGGCUUUUUCAAACACUUAAUUUCCUUUUGCAUCCAUUUAUGGUGGACAUGUCUUUAAUUUUGUCAAAAUGAAAGUCCUCUAUUACUUAAAGAAGCCUGGCUUGGAUGCCAACUCCUUAGAGCAUUAUAGACCUGUCUCUAAUCUUGCCUUUUUGUCAAAAGUUUUUGAAAAAGUUGUCUCAAAUCAGCUUUUGAAAUACUUGACAUUAAAU